AUGUCCUUCUAUCCCGACGCACAGCCCGUCGCGUCCUCUUUCCAUCAAUCCGACAGCGGUCUUGCUAUGCAUCCGUACCCCCACCACAAUCAACCGCCUCACCUCGCUGCUGCUGCUUCCGCCGGCGCAUCUGUCUAUCCAUACCUUGAUCCAUCGACACAGGCUCACAUGUACUAUCGCCAAUCAUACAGUGAUGCCGCUCCCGCGUCGCUUGCCAACGGCGUGGACCACCACGUCUGGCAAGCUCCUCAGGCUCCUAGGCUCUCCGCUGCCGCAGCACGAGCUGGUCGACAACACAUGAUGGGCUACGCGCCUGCAGCAUAUGCACACACCCACGCUGCCACUCCCUGGUAUGCACAGUCUUUGGGCUAUUCUCAGCCUUAUCCGCAGCCGCGCACCCACCAACAGCUCGAGCACCAGCUCUUGGUGCAACACCAACUUGCCAAGGCACACCAACGUCAAAACGGUACAUCUGUGUACCAGUCCACUUUCGGCCCAGGUUCGCUCUCCUAUCCUCAUCACCCGCACCCCCCUUCUCACCCUCACCACCCAGUUCCUCAACCCAACUACCAUCAGCUUACCCAUGCCUACCCAGCCGGCCCUUCUGCCGCUCACGAUGCUCGCGAUGAGAGACAGCUCAGAUACUGUGAUGGCUGGGCCUCGUCGGGCUCUCACCGCGCAGGCCGUGCUGCCGAAGCAUCUCAUGAUUGGUCAGCCUGGCAUCACGCCGCAGCAGCCGCCCGCGGCUCAGUCGCCUUUGCGCCUCAGCGCGAUCAGAUGUACGCAAGCCAGCCUAUGCAUGACUCGCAUCGCCACUUGGUGGACGCCACCCUCGAUGCUUCGGCUGCCUGGGUACCGCCACACAGCAACGCUGCUCCUUCCCAGCCGCACGGUUGGGAUCACGCCUCGCAUUACCCUCAGCAUUCAUAUGCGGAUGAUUGUCAUGCCCACGCUGGCUAUCGCGACGUGGUUGCCCACAGCCGCUCGCGGCAAGAGUAUUUGGAUCACCCUGCCCAUUUUGCCAGAUCACAUGACCACUCGCAUGAAUAUGCCGAGCGUGCCAGGGACGAGCGUCACAGCCACAGUCAGAUGCGCUCGGCUUACCCGGAUGCAUCGCAAGACCGUGCUGACAACGCUCAAAUUCACUCUGAGGCAACACAUUGGCAUGCGCAGCCGAACGCCCAUCAAGGCAUGAAGAACGAAGCUGAUGCCUGUGCCGCCGAGCAACGCGACGGCGCACCCGCCGAGGGUGCCACCGAUCAAGCUGCUCCUGCUCCUGCACCUUGCUCUCCUGGCUCUCUCGAAAAGUCGGCCUUACCCAUCGCUGCGAUAGGCGCCCAGCUCAUCUGGAACGCUUGCGCGGCUCUCUUUGAUCCCGAGCUGUUGGUCGAAGCCCACGAGACAGUCGACGAAGCUAUGGACGAGUGCGACGAUGCCACAUCACCUGGUGCUGCGUCGAUGCCUUCUUCUUCGUCCACGCCUUCGCUCAACACCCCUGACAUCUCGCCGUGGUCCUCAACCGUGCUCGAUCGUACUGCUACCAACGCUGCCUCUUCUGGUGAGUGGAACGCAUUCCGCUCGCCUUUUGGCCCCGAUCGUCUGCCCCAGCUGCGCCCACAGGCCCACUCAUUCACUUUUGGCAGCGACCAUGCUUCGUCCCACCACGAUUUGCACCGCAUGGCUGUCGGCGCUGAGCGGGCCCGCUCGGCACGCGCUCGAGACGUUUUGCCUGGCAAACGCUCGCGUCAGGGCUCUGGCCAUUCAGAUGCCGCCACCAACCACAGUUCCGGCGCAAGUACGGCGAGCAGCUCCGAGCCGGGCACUCCGGCUUCGCUCACACACGCCAGCCCCGCUCUCAGCUCCACCAUCUCGGCUCAUUCCAUCGACACGGCGCACAGCCCACACCGCGCCAGCCUCGGCAUGACGCUUCAAGGCUCGCGAUCCGAUUCGGCCAUCCGUUCGCAUCGCAACUCUUCCAAGACUUCGCCAACACUAGGCUCGUCCAAGUGGUCCGGAAGGAUCCGCGAUAAUGUGCUCGCAGUGCUACGCCUCGUCUCGCCCGACUGGCGAUGGAGCAACAACGACCAUCUCUUUGUAUCUUUGAGCGAGACUCUGCCCACUGCCACUGCCACCGCCACCAAGCCAAGCCACAGUCAAAGCCAAGGUCGAUCCGGCGGUCGUGAUUCUGUGACAAGCAUCGUGACCUCGUACGCCAACGAGCCCAGCCCUGCUUUCCGAAGGUUUGUCCACCAGGUUCUUGCUCAGACGCUGCUUUCGCCCCCCGCUUUUCUCCUUGGCAUUCUCAAUGCGCUCAGGCUGCUCGUCACGGCUCAACUCCCAGAUGGCUCCGUGGACGCUGUCGUGCUUGAACUGUUCGCGCAGCCUACCUCUGCUGCGCCGUUUAAGCUGUUCACUCUAGGUAUGAUGAUUGCCAACAAGCAUCUCGACGACAACACGUUCCUCAACAAGACCUGGAACGAGGUCACCGGUAUUCCGCUCGCCGAGCUCAACCAAACCGAGGCGUGGUUCUUGAAAAAGUGUAACUACGAGGUCAACGUUCCCGACGAGACGUGGAUUGGCUUCCUCCACCGCCUUCAGUCUUGGGAGGAGAAGCGUUCGAGUCGAGGCAUGCACCGAGAUCAAGAUUCAUCCAAGCGUCUCUUGCUCGUUCUCGACGAGGCUCUGAGCCACUUUGACGCCAUUCCAGCCUUGCAGCUGGAUGGCGAGGUGAUCGCAAAGCCAACGUCGCCCAUGGACAUGUGGACCGAGUCGCAUCAUCGUGCUGGCUCGCUUGCAUUGGCUGAUGAUGUCGAUGAUCAAAUUUGCCACUCGGCGCCUGCUAUGGGUGUGCUGCCAUCUCGCCAAGACUUGCGUGCAGCAUCACACAAGCCGAGACACGUUUGCCGUGCCAGCCUGCCAAUGGAAACACCUCCGGCAACCGUGCUCGGGCCCAGUUUGGACUUUGUUGUAGCAGGCGGUCAGCCGUUCAAGGACAUUAGUCCUUUGAGCGAGUCUGGCAGGAGUCAGAACGGCGCCAUGCCGGCCCCACUCAUGCCUUCGGCGCUGUUGCAUAGCUCGCGCUCGCUCUUCCACCACGGUGGAGGCAUGUUUGGACCUUUGGCGACGUCGAGCUGA